AUGGGACGAGUGCUCCGUAUGAUCAGCGGCCACGACGCAGGCAGCCGCGAGCUCGGAGAGCAAACGACGGGUCAAAUGAGUUUCUGGGCCGAGACUGCGCCCGCCGAGGAGCUCCCCGAGGAGGCCGGAGCUUUAGCGUGGUGGAGCAUUGACACGGACUGGAUUCGCGAUAGUUCGCAUGAAAUCUUCAACGGCUACAGUUUUUUCUUCGAGCACAUCGGCAUUCGUAAAGGUUGGCGCACACCACCUUUCAAGAAGGAGGAUGUUCAGGCGCCCUUCAUGGCCUCGGCAGAGGUGGUGGCCGUCGUCCGUCAUCGGAUUGAUGAGCAGGGCAACGGAAUGGUCUUGAGACAGCUGGAGGGCUCCUCGCACGAUUGGCUGUGGGGCUGGUCUCCGGAGAAACCACCCCACCAGGCGGAGUUUUUGCCCGAGUUCUUCCGGGGCUUGGUCUUUGCAACGCUCAGUGAUGCCAAUGGUCUCGUCGAAGGUUUAGAUGCUGCUACCUUGGACUACUACGUCCAAAGCCAUCCCAUUUUGGAGGGCUGCCCGGCCCCGGUUGCCCCGGCUCCGGCGGAGCACAGCGCCCCGGAAGAAGGCGCUGGACCUGCAAGCGGAGCCGCGGAGGGAGUAUCAGAGCCUGAGAAGCCGGGCCCAGAGAAGGCAGAGGCUAGCUCAAUUCCGAAAGAUGAUCUCGGAGUUGCUUCUCCAAUGGCCAAGGCUGACACUCCGGAGGCAGAACCAGUGCAUGCAGAUGUCAAGGUGACCACGGUGGCCACAGUGCCACCAGACGCCGCCCAAACACCGAAAACCCAAGAUGUUGGCGAAGCCGAUCCGAAGGCCUUUUUCUUGAUGAUCUCUACAGAGGCAGACAGAGGUGGUUUGCGAGAAGUGCGAGUCGGAAGCAUCGCGAUUUUGGAUGGACGCUGUAUUUCGAAGGAGGGAGUUGAAAAGGAGGAACCCCGAAAGGAGAGCGAGCGUAUCUCUUAA